AUGGCUCUACCAAACACCGCCGUCGCGCCGUCGAGAUCCGUCAUUCGCCCCCAAACCACCCUCCUCUCCGCCACCGCCCACCCCUCCUCAUUCUCCACCAAACCCGCUGCCCGCCGCCGCAUCUCGGCUAUCCACUCAGCCGAUCCCGCUAAAACCCCCGUCCUAACCGCCGCCUCCACUCCCAAGAAAACCGCCUCACCUCCAUCUCCGCCGCCCUCCGCGACCAGGUGGGCCCCGAACACCUGGAAGACCAAGAAAGCGCUGCAGCUUCCAGAGUACCCGGACGAGGCCGAGCUCGAGUCCGUCCUGAAGACGAUGGAGGCCUACCCUCCAUUGGUGUUCGCCGGCGAGGUGCGCAGCCUGGAGGACCGGCUGGCUGAUGCUGCACUCGGGAAAGCCUUCCUCUUGCAGGGUGGCGACUGCGCCGAGAGCUUUAAGGAGUUCAGUGCCAACAAUAUUCGCGACACAUUCAGAAUUCUGCUCCAGAUGAGUGUGGUCCUCUCGUUCGGCGGCCAAUUGCCUGUCAUCAAGGUGGGGAGAAUGGCUGGGCAAUUUGCUAAACCAAGAUCCGACCCAUAUGAAGAAAGGGAUGGAGUGAAAUUACCCAGUUACAAGGGAGACAACAUAAAUGGGGAUGAUUUUGACGAGAAAUCGAGAAUCCCCGACCCUCAAAGGUUGAUACGGGCCUAUUGCCAGUCUGCAUCGACCCUCAACCUUCUCCGGGCCUUUGCCACCGGAGGUUAUGCUGCAAUGCAGAGGGUUACUCAGUGGAAUCUUGAUUUUGUCGAGAAUAGCGAGCAAGGAGACAGGUAUGAAGAACUGGCUCACAGGGUUGAUGAGGCCCUGGGGUUCAUGGAGGCUGCUGGGCUCACGAUUGACCACCCGGUUAUGUCCACCACUGAUUUCUGGACUUCGCAUGAGUGCCUUCUGCUGCCUUACGAACAAGCCCUCACCCGUGAGGAUUCAACUUCUGGGCUAUAUUAUGGGUGCUCGGCCCACAUGCUUUGGGUUGGUGAGCGGACGAGGCAGCUCGAUGGCGCACAUGUCGAGUUCUUAAGAGGGGUCGCUAAUCCUCUUGGUGUCAAGGUGAGCCAAAAGAUGGACCCUAAUGAACUCACUAAGCUGAUUGACAUCUUGAACCCUACUAACAAACCAGGGAGAAUAACAGUCAUAGUUAGAAUGGGUGCCGAGAACAUGAGAGUUAAGCUUCCUCAUUUGAUCAGGGCCGUCCGUAGAGCCGGGCAGAUCGUGACCUGGGUAUGUGAUCCCAUGCAUGGGAACACGAUCAAGGCGCCUUGCGGGCUCAAAACUCGUGCUUUUGAUGCCAUCUUGGCUGAGGUGAGGGCUUUCUUUGAUGUUCACGAACAAGAAGGCAGCAACCCUGGUGGCAUUCAUCUUGAGAUGACGGGCCAAAAUGUGACAGAAUGCAUAGGAGGAUCAAGAACGGUGACAUAUGAUGACCUCAGCUCACGUUACCACACACAUUGUGACCCGAGGUUAAAUGCUUCACAGUCGCUCGAGCUCGCCUUUAUCGUUGCAGAGAGGUUGAGGAAAAAGAGGAUGUCUUCUCAUCGCAUGAUCUCUUAA